AUGCCUUGUCGAUAUGCUAUAUUUGAAGAGCUCUUCCCUGACUCUUCUAACACGACGUCGAAAUCGAAUGGAAAAACUACUCGCCCUACCCAAGGGCAGGACACUUCCAAGGCCACGAGCUCCUCCUCCUCCUCCUCCUCCUCCCCCUCCCCCUCUACCUCCACCUCCAACACCACCACCACCACUCCUCCACCCGAGCCCAAAACGAUCUCAGUUACGGAGCUAGGCGGUGAGCCAGAGGCGGACACCACUGAAACCGAAAAUAACAGAAAGCUUGCGAAAGCUGGGCGUUUUGGAGCACCAGGCGACUCCUGGCGAACGACGCUCGUAAAAUUCUACAGGUCGUUACCUAAGGAUGAAUUUGUGGCUUAUUAUAUAUAUCUGGCUCUAAAAAAGGGCGUUACUUUCUCGGCAAGAUUAAGCGCCAUCGUGAAAGAUGCCCCUCCAAACCUACCGCGGGACAGAGUUCUACCACCAGUCUUACAAGCACAUCUGGACGAGCUGGCUGAACGACAAAUAAUGGCUCAACGAGCAGAAAAUUCAGCCUAA